UAGUCUAGGCUCCCACGGGGAAGGGGUCCCCCCUCGAGAAGCCCCGGCGUGUCUUGCAUUACAUGAAGCGUGUGGGGAGAGGGAGUGCGAGUGUGUGUGUGCCAGACAGAUCCGGGCUGGGGUGAGUUUGCCCGAGGAAGCCGUAUCCCCUGUGCGUGUUGAAUUGGUCGAGUCCAACUCACUGGAGCUGCCGAACUGGAGCUUGGCUUUGCUUUGCUGCCUUUCUCUCUCUCUCUCUCUCCCUCUCUCUCUCUCUUUCUCUUUCUCUCUCUCUCUCUCCCUCUCCCCCCUCUCUCUUUCUCUUUCUCUCUCACGCACACACACACAUACACACGCACACAUACACACUCUCUUGCACACACACAGGCACGUACACGCACACACGCGCGCGCACACAAACACACACACAAACAUACACACACAUACACACACACACACACGCACACACACGCACACACACACACACACACACACACACACACACACACACACACACACACACACACACUCACACACACACACAUCGCAGUUUGCCUUUCUCUCUCUCGGGAUUUGCAACAGGAUUGCGUUCCGCAGGAUUUCACCGAGGCGUUAGCGAUCUCUCUCCUCUGCGCUGGUGUCUAACCUCCUGUCCAAUGCAUGCUAUGUCAGCGGGUCGGCAGAAGACCUGGUUCCUUCACCACGGUCCGCCCGCUGCCGCUCAGUGAAGCCGGAUCUGUACGUGUUGGAAUGAAAGCUUUCAGCCCUUGGAUGGAGAUGACGGCCGGGACAGCGCUGAGGUUUCUGCUGCUGUUCUGCUAUAUCGGACUGACGGCUGCAGACGGCGAGCAGAGCUGUGGUGGGUUAGUGCAAGGGCCUAAUGGUACCAUUGAGAGCCCUGGAUUCCCUUAUGGAUACCCGAAUUAUGCAAACUGCACCUGGAUUAUCAUUACUGGGGAACGAAACCGGAUACAGGUGGUGUUCCAGAUCUUCGCUUUGGAAGAAGACUUUGAUAUCUUAUCCAUCUAUGAUGGUCAGCCGCAGCAGGGAAACUUGAAGAUGAGGGUGACUGGCUUCCAACUUCCAUCGCCAAUUGUGAGCUCAGGUUCAAUCCUCACCCUUUGGUUCACCACUGACUUUGCAGUCAGUGCACAAGGCUUCAAGGCAGUUUAUGAAGUUUUGCCAAGCCACACCUGUGGCAAUCCAGGAGUGAUUCCCAAAGGAGUUCUGCAUGGAACCAGGUUCAACAUUGGGGAUAAGAUCCGGUACACCUGUGUCACAGGCCACGUACUGGAAGGUCACGCAGUACUGACCUGUAUCGUUAGUCCUGGUAAUGGAGCAUCAUGGGACUUCCCACCACCAUUUUGCAGAGCUGAAGGAGCUUGUGGUGGGACAUUGCGAGGAACAAGUGGUGUGAUCUCAAGUCCACAUUUUCCUUCAGAGUACAACAAUAAUGCUGACUGUACAUGGAGCAUCCUGGCAGAACCUGGUGAUACCAUUGCACUCAUCUUCUCAGACUUUCAGCUUGAGGACGGAUAUGAUAUCCUGGAAAUUAGUGGGGCCGAAGCACCAACAAUAUGGUUGACAGGUUUCAAUCUGCCAUCACCGGUCAUCAGCAGCAAGAAUUGGCUGCGGUUACAUUUCACCUCAGACAGCAACCACCGGCGGAGAGGCUUUAGUGCACAGUAUCAAGUGAAAAAGGCAAUUGAGCUGAAGUCUCGAGGAGUCAAAAUGCUUCCCAGCAAAGACAGCGACCACAAGAACUCUGUCCUGAGUCAAGGAGGGGUGGCCCCUGUGUCUGGCAUGUGUCCUGAUCCUGGAAUUCCAGACAAUGGCAGGAGAACCGGCUCUGACUUCAGGUUGGGAGCCAGUUUACAGUUCGCAUGUGAAGAUGGUUAUGUCCUUCAGGGCUCCAAAGGCAUCAUCUGUCAGAAGGUGACAGACACGUUGGCUGCAUGGAAUGACCACAGACCAGUCUGCCGGGCAAGAACAUGUGGCUCCAACCUACAUGGUCCAAGUGGUAUCAUCACGUCUCCCAAUUACCCUGUCCAGUACGAGAAUAAUGCACACUGCAUCUGGGUUAUUAGCACCACAGACCCUGAUAAGAUCAUCAAGCUUAAGUUUGAAGAGUUUGACCUGGAACGAGGUUAUGACACCUUGACAGUAGGAGAUGGAGGAAAAGUCGGAGACACUAGGACAGUUCUGUAUGCACUUACAGGCUCGAGUGUCCCUGACUUGAUUGUUAGCAUGAGCAAUCAAAUGUGGCUCCAUUUACAGUCUGAUGAAACAAUUGGAUCACUUGGAUUUAAAGCCAUCUACCAAGAAAUUGAAAAGGGAAGCUGUGGUGAUCCUGGAGUUCCAGCUUAUGGGAAAAGAAGUGGGAACAGCUUUCUGCAUGGAGACACAUUGAUGUUCGAAUGUCAGUCAGCCUUUGAGCUGGUGGGAGAGCGGACAAUUACUUGCCAACAGAACAAUCAGUGGUCUGGCAACAAACCCAGCUGUGUGUUCUCCUGUUUCUUCAACUUCACAACACCAUCGGGAGUCGUGCUGUCUCCAAACUACCCAGAAGAGUAUGGCAACAACAUGAACUGUGUGUGGCUCAUCAUUGCGGAACCAGCCAGCCGGAUCCACCUGAUCUUCAAUGACUUCGACGUUGAGCCUCAGUUCGAUUACCUUACCAUAAAGGAUGAUGGAACUGCAGACUCCGCGGUUCUCGGGACCUUCUCUGGCAAUGACGUCCCCUCCCAGCUAGCCAGCAAUGGCCACAUCACCCGCCUGGAGUUCCAGUCUGACCAUUCAACCACCGGGCGAGGCUUCAACAUCACCUACACAACUUUUGGCCAAAAUGAAUGCCAUGAUCCUGGUAUUCCGAUCAAUGGAAGACGCUUUGGUGAUAUCUUCCUGCUGGGAAGCUCUGUGUCUUUCCACUGCGAUGAAGGCUUUAUCAAAACGCAAGGAUCAGAGACGAUAACCUGUAUAAUGCAGGAAGGGAAUGUCAUUUGGAACUCUGCUGUGCCACGGUGUGAAGCACCUUGUGGUGGCCACUUGACAGCACCCACUGGUAUAAUACUAUCACCAGGAUGGCCUGGAUAUUACAAGGACUCUCUGAACUGUGAAUGGGUGAUUGAAGCAGAGCAACGACAUUCCAUCAAAAUAACAUUUGACAGGUUUCAAACUGAAGUUAAUUAUGACACAUUAGAAAUCCGAGAUGGGCCUGUUAAUUCUUCACCUUUAAUUGGAGAAUAUCAUGGUACCCAAGCCCCACAGUUUCUAAUCAGCACUGGCAACUUCAUGUACCUUCUGCUGACAACUGACAACAGCCGUUCAAGUGUUGGUUUCCAGAUUCGUUAUGAAAGUGUCACCUUAGAAUUAGAUUCUUGUUUAGACCCUGGAAUUCCUGUAAAUGGGCGCCGACAUGGAAACAACUUCGCAAUCGGAUCAACAGUGACCUUCAGUUGUUGUCCAGGUUACACCUUGAGUGAUGACAAGCCCCUAAUUUGCGAAGAUAACCGCCAAUGGAACCAUGCAUUGCCAAGCUGUGAAGCUUUCUGUGGUGGCUACAUCCAUGCUGCAAGUGGAACCAUUCUGUCGCCUGGAUUCCCUGAUUUCUAUCCCAAUUCCUUAAAUUGUACAUGGAUAAUUGAGGUGUCACAUGGAAAAGGUGUGCAGUUGGUAUUUCAUACCUUUCACCUUGAGAACUCGCAUGACUAUCUAAUUAUCACAGAAGAUGAGAGCUUCAUGGAUCCAGUAACAAGACUGACUGGCUCUGCCUUGCCUCCAACCAUCAAUGCGGGUCUUUUUGGAAAUUACACUGCACAAUUACGCUUCAUCUCAGAUUUCUCUGUGUCUUACGAAGGGUUCAACAUCACAUUCUCAGAGUAUGAUCUGGAGCCCUGUGAUGACCCUGGUGUUCCUGCUUUUAGUCGGAGAAUUGGGUUUCAGUUUGAAGUUGGAGACUCGUUGACAUUUUCCUGUUUUCCGGGAUAUAGACUGGAAGGUGCUUCUCAGAUCACCUGUUACGGAGGAGGAAGGCGGGUGUGGAGUGCACCUCUUCCAAGGUGUGUGGCUGAAUGCGGAGCCUCUGUAACUGCAACGGAAGGCACGUUGCUGUCGCCAAAUUACCCAGUGAACUACGAGAACAAUCAUGAAUGCAUCUACAGAAUUGAGACACAGCCAGGGAAAGGAAUCAGCCUUCACGCUAGGACAUUUAAUCUUCAGGAGGGUGAUGUUGUUGAGGUCUAUGAUGGAAAAGAUAAUUCCUUUCGUCGCCUUGGGGUUUUUACCAAAUCCGAAUUGCUGGGAGUUACCUUAAACAGCACAUCAAAUCAUAUGUGGCUAGAAUUUAACACAAAUGGAUCAGGGACUGACCAGGGAUUUGAUCUCACCUAUACCAGUUUUGAGCUGAUGAAGUGCGAAGAUCCAGGAAUUCCAAACUAUGGUUACAAGUUACGUGAUGGAGGGCAUUUUGCAGACACUGUGGUCCUGUACAGCUGUAACCCAGGAUAUACGUUACAUGGCAGCAAUACUUUAACCUGCCUCAGUGGAAAUCGUAGAGUGUGGGACAACCCAUUGCCUUCAUGUCUAGCUGAGUGUGGGGGCCACUUUAAGAGCGCAACAGCUGGUAGGAUCCUGUCUCCUGGGUACCCGGCCCCAUACGACCACAACGUCCACUGCACUUGGAUUAUAGAAGCUGACCCAGGGAAAACGGUCAGCCUUCACUUUAUUGUCUUUGACACUGAGGCAUCACAUGACAUCCUGAAGGUGUGGGAUGGUCUGAUAGAGAGUGACAUGUUGCUGAAGGAGUGGAGUGGUUCCUCAUUGCCUGAUGACAUCCACAGCACAUUUAAUUCCAUCACACUUCAUUUUGAUAGUGACUUCUUCAUCAGCAAGACAGGCUUCUCCAUUCAGUUCUCAACUUCAACUGCGACUACUUGCAAUGAUCCCGGAGUUCCCCAGAAUGGGACGAGGAGUGGAGACAGCCGAGAGCCGGGGGAUACUGUAACCUUCCAGUGUGAUCCAGGGUAUCAGCUAGAAGGAACUGCUAAAAUCAUGUGCGUGCAGCUGGACAAUAGAUUCUUCUGGCAACCUGAUCCCCCAAGCUGUACAGCUGCCUGUGGUGGGAACAUGACAGGUCCCAUGGGUGUCAUUUUAUCACCCAACUACCCUCAGCCUUAUCCUCAUGGGAAAGAAUGCGACUGGACAAUUAAAGUCAGUCCGGACUACGUCAUUGCACUCAUCUUUAAAAGUUUCCACAUGGAGCCCAGCUAUGAUUUUCUUCACAUUUAUGAAGGGGAAGAUUCCAACAGCCCAUUAAUUGGCAGCUUCCAAGGAUCGCAAUCACCUGAAAGAAUUGAAAGUAGUGGCAACAGUCUUUUCUUGGCUUUUCGCAGCGAUGCAUCUGUCAGCAUGACAGGAUUUGCCAUUGAGUAUAAAGAGAAACCACGGGAAGCUUGUUUUGACCCUGGGAAUAUAAUGAAUGGCUCACGGAUUGGCAUGGAUUUCAAACUCAGCUCCAGUGUCACCUAUCGGUGUGAUGACGGCUAUCAAUUGGCAAACUCAGCUACCAUCACAUGUGUCAUCGGGAGUGAAGGAAAGCCAGUCUGGAACAGGGCUCUUCCUUCCUGCAAAGCUCCCUGUGGAGGACAGCACACUGGAUCUCAAGGAGUGGUUCUCUCACCAAAUUACCCUCGCAAUUAUUCAAGUGGACAGACCUGUCUGUACUCCAUUACAGUGCCAAAGGAAUUUGUGGUUUUUGGACAAUUUGCAUAUUUUCAGACAGCACUGAAUGACAUGGUGGAGCUGUUUGAUGGACACAGCCAACAAGACAGGCUUCUUGGUUCUCUUUCUGGAUCACACUCUGGAGAAACCUUGCCUCUGGCUACAUCGAACCAAAUUUUGCUCAGAUUCAGUGCGAAGAGUAGAGCAUCAUCGAAAGGUUUUCACUUUGUUUAUCAAGCUGUUCCACGUACCAGCGCCACUCAAUGUAGCUCAGUUCCCGAGCCCAGGUAUGGCCGGAGAAUAGGAUCGGAAUUUUCCGCUGGCUCCAUUAUCCGUUUUGAAUGCAACCCAGGAUAUCACCUUCAGGGCUCCACAGCCAUUCGAUGUCAGGCUGUGCUUAAUGGCUUGGCGCAGUGGAAUGACACAAUACCAAGCUGUGCAGUACCCUGUGAAGGGAAUCUGACAGACCGCAGAGGUACCAUUCUCUCUCCUGGCUAUCCAGAGCCAUAUGGUAAUAGCUUGAACUGUGUGUGGAAGAUAACGGUAACCGAGGGAGCAGGUAUACAGAUUCAAGUGAUAAGCUUCGCCACUGAACACAACUGGGACUCCUUAGAAAUAUACGAUGGCGGUGAUGCAACGGCACCAAGACUUGGGAGCUUCUCAGGUACCACUGUGCCUGCGUUAUUGAACAGCACCUCCAAUCAACUCUACCUGCACUUUCAUUCUGAUAUCAGUGUGGCAGCGGCAGGUUAUCACCUGGAAUACAAAACUGUUGGCCUAACAACAUGCCCUGAUCCAGUGGUUCCAAGCAACGGGGUAAAGUUUGGAGACAGAUAUCUGGUUAAUGAUGUGGUGUCCUUUAGCUGUGAGUCCGGCUACACACUACAAGGGCAAGCCCACGUUUCUUGCAUGCCUGGUACUGUCCGACGUUGGAACUAUCCACCACCAAUCUGCAUUGCUAAAUGUGGAGGAAUACUGAUGGAACUGAAGAAUGUCAUACUUAGCCCUGGAUUUCCUGGAAAUUACCCGAGCAAUCUGGAUUGUUCGUGGAAGAUUUUAUUGCCCAUUGGAUACGGUGCUGAGAUUCAGUUUCUGAAUUUUUCAACUGAAGCCAAUCAUGAUUUCUUGGAGAUUCGAAAUGGACCAGGUGACACCAGCUCUUUGAUCGGACAGUUCAGUGGAGUGGAUCUCCCACCUGCUCUGCUCAGCACGACUCAUGACACAAUCAUCCACUUCUACAGCGAUCACUCAGAGAACAAACAAGGGUUUAAGCUCAUCUACCAAGCUUAUGAACUUCAGAAUUGUCCUGAUCCUACACCAUUUCAAAAUGGCUUUGUCAUCAAUUCUGGUUAUAGUGUUGGGCAGUCUAUCUCAUUCGAAUGUUACCCAGGUUACGUGCUGGUUGGACAACGCGUUCUCACAUGCCAUCAUGGAAUCAAAAGGGACUGGAGCCAUCCAUUCCCACGAUGUGAAGCUCCUUGUGGACUUAACAUAACGUCGCGGAAUGGCACCAUCUACUCUCCUGGGUUUCCAAAUGAGUACCCCAAUUCAAAGGACUGUAGCUGGCUUAUUACUGUGCCUUCAGGACAUGGGAUUUAUAUCAACUUCACUCUGCUGCAGACAGAACCAGUCAAUGACUAUAUUGCAGUCUGGGAUGGACCUGACCAGUCUGCUCCACAGUUAGGAGUCUUCAGUGGCAACACAGCCCUGGAAUCUGCGUACAGCACCACCAAUCAGGUCCUUAUCAAGUUUCACAGUGACUUCUCUGGAGGGGGAUUCUUCGUCCUCAAUUUUCAUGCCUACUGGCUCAAGAAGUGUCAACCUCCCCCAGUCAUUCCUCUGGCCACUGUGUAUUCUGAGGAUGAAGACUAUGAAGUAGGUGAUGUUGUGAAGUACCAGUGUCCACUUGGAUUCACUCUGGUUGGCAGUGAACUCAUGGUUUGCAGACUGUUAACUCAGCUGCAGUUUGAGGGGACACCUCCAUCUUGUGAAGCGCAAUGCCCUAUGAAUGAAAUUCGGCGAAGCUCAUCAGGAGUAAUAUUAAGUCCAGGAUAUCCAGCAAAUUAUCCCAACUUCCAAACUUGCUCCUGGACAAUUAGAGUGGAACCUCGGUACACUAUUUCUCUAUAUGUGGAGAUGUUUCAAAGCGAGAAACAGUUCGAUGAGCUGAGUAUAUUUGAUGGACCCACUGGUCAAAGUCGACUGUUGAUUGUUCUUAGUGGGAAUCACACGGGGCAGAUGAAUUUAACCAGCACAGGAAGACAAGUGCAUUUGCGCUGGUCAACUGAUCACGCAACGAGCAAAAGAGGGUUCAAGAUCCGAUAUUCAGCUCCCUACUGCAGUUUGGACAGUGUCCCAUUGAAUGGUGGAAUCCUGAAUAAAACAACUGGAACACCCAAAAGCCUGGUACAGUUUUACUGCAAAACAGGAUAUCGGUUGGUUGGUCAGAGUAACGCCACCUGCCGACGGUUUCCGAAUGGCUCAUAUCGCUGGGACACUGCAGUUCCCUUCUGCCAAGCCAUCAAAUGUGGUGUCCCGAAGUCCCCUGGAAAUGGAUCAGUGGUUGGCAGAGACUAUAGCAUGGGCAGUCAGAUCCACUAUCGGUGCAAUGAGGGCUUCACUCUGGAAUCUGAUCACCAAGCCAUGGCCGUCUGCAGGGAGGAUGGAAAAUGGAGUAAUAACUGGAAGACUCCACAAUGUAAACCUGUGUCUUGCCCUCCCAUCGAGACUACUCAUUCAAGAGAUGUCCUCAGGCGACUUGUCCGUGGGUCAACAAAUGAAUAUGGAACUAAAGUCAUGCUAAACUGCAAACCUGGUUAUUAUUUAAGGGGCCACAAGUUCAUAGAGUGUCAAGCAAAUGGCACAUGGAGUGGAUCUAAUGAAAAAUCAACCUGUGAAAUUAUCUCGUGUGGUGAUCUACCCACUCCACCAAAUGGCAAUAAGAUUGGGACAUUGCAGACAUAUGGAGCCACUGCAAUCUUCACAUGUAACUCUGGCUACACACUGGCUGGAUCUCACAUUCGAGAGUGUCAAGUAAAUGGACUGUGGAGUGGAGUGGAGACCAGAUGCCUGGCUGGCCACUGUGGCUCCCCGGAUCCCAUCGUAAAUGGUCAUAUCAGUGGAGAUGGUUUUAGCUAUCGUGACACCGUUGUCUAUCAGUGCAAUCCAGGUUUCCGUCUUGUUGGCUCCUCUGUAAGAAUUUGUCAGCAGGCCCAUAAGUGGUCAGGACAGCCAGCAGUCUGCGUCCCCAUCACUUGUGGUCACCCAGGGAACCCAGUUCAUGGCAAAACCAAUGGCAGCCAGUUCAAUCUCAAUGAUGUUGUCAACUUUACCUGCAACAAGGGAUAUUCACUGAAAGGUGCAUUGAGAGCUCAGUGCAGAGCGAAUGGUCAGUGGAGCAGCCCAUUGCCAACGUGUCAAGUGAUAAAUUGUACAGAUCCUGGGUAUGUGGAGAACGCCAUUCGUCUGGGACAGGAAGAUCAACUGCAGAGUUUCAAGUUUGGAAGCAGUGUGAUAUACCAAUGUAAAUGGAGUUUCUACCUCCUUGGCUCAGCUGUGUUAACCUGCCAGGUGAAUGGCUUGUGGGACCGAGCUCGCCCAAGCUGCUUAUCUAUUUCUUGCGGUCAGCCUGAAGUCCCAGUGAAUGGCCAGCUCUUUGGAGACAAGUUUACCUUUGGGUCCAUAGUUCGCUACACUUGUGGUGGAUCUCGAACGAUAAUUGGAAAUGAUACCCGCAUUUGUCAAGAGGAUGGUCACUGGAGUGGCUCACUUCCACAUUGCUCAGGUGAUAGUGCUGGUUUAUGUGGAGAUCCUGGCAUCCCAGUUCAUGGUUCAAGACUAGGCGAUGAGUUCAAGAUAAGGAGUCUCCUGCGCUUUAACUGUGAAGCUGGUUAUAUACUAAGAGGAUCUUCGGAACGAUCCUGUAAACCAGAUGGAUCCUGGUCAGGAGUUCAACCAGUGUGUGAAGCUGUGUCAUGUGGGAAUCCUGGCACACCAGAAAAUGCGAGAAUAGUUUACAGCGACGGUAUUCUCUUCUCCAGCUCCAUAACCUAUGCCUGCUGGGAAGGUUAUAAAACAUCUGGGCUCACAACACGGCACUGUACCGCGAAUGGAACGUGGACAGGAUCAGCUCCUGAUUGCACAGUUAUUGACUGUGGUGACCCAGGUGCAUUAGCUAACAGCAUUCAUCUGGGAAAUGACUUCACCUAUAAUAAGACAGUGACAUAUCAGUGCAAUCCAGGCUUCUGGAUGGAAACUGCUUCAUCUUCCACUCUCCGCUGCAUGAAGAAUGGUUCUUGGAAUCAGACCAAACCGGUCUGUAAAGUUAUCACUUGCACACAGCCACCCCGUGUGCUCCAUGGGAGUGUACAGGGAUCCGAUUUCAGAUGGGGCUCCAGCAUCAGCUACACCUGCUCUGAAGGAUAUCAACUUUCUUUGCCAGCCAUUCUGACCUGUGAAGGAAAUGGUAUUUGGAGAGGCGAGGUCCCACAAUGCUUGCCCAUUUUCUGUGGUGACCCAGGGACACCAGUCAAUGGGAAAAUUGAAGGGCUGAGUUUCACCUACAAGUCUGAAGUCUCUUUCCACUGCCGAACUCCAUUGCUGCUGGUUGGGUCGUCCAGAAGAAUUUGCCAAGCUGAUGGAUUUUGGAGUGGGAUUCAGCCAUCCUGCAUUGAUCCAACACACACAAUAUGUUCGGAUCCAGGCACUCCUCACUUUGGAAUACAAAACAGCUCACAAGGCUAUGAGGUGGGAAGCACUGUAUUUUUCAAAUGUCGGAAAGGUUACCAUAUCCAAGGCUCCACAACACGAUCCUGCCUCGCCAAUUUAACCUGGAGUGGUAUACAUCCCGAAUGCAUCCCUCACAACUGCCGACAACCAGAAACCCCUGUAAAUGUGGACGUGAGAGCCAUUGAACUACCAACAAUGGGAUACACCUUGAUAUACAGCUGCCAGCCAGGGCUGUACCUGGCAGCUGGAUCAGAGCACCGGGCAUGCAAGAGCGACGGAAAAUGGUCAGGGAAGCCACCAGUCUGUCGAGCUGGACCCAAAAUGAAUGGGAAACCAAAAGAGACUGAUUCAGGAUCCCACAGAACAAAGGCUCCGGUUCCUCCAGAUGUGUUUGCUCGUAAUUCUCUUUGGAAGGGCUUCUACGAAUACCUUGGAAAGAAACAGCCAGCAACGUUAACAGUUAAUUAUUUUAAUAUUUCCAGUGGUCGAGUGAAUGUUACUUUCAUUGAACACAGCAGCAUGGAGCUAAAGCUCUCAGGAAUCUACAAAAGAGAAGAGACUCGGCUUUACUUAAAAGUGUAUCAGAUUAAAGGACCUAUUGAGAUCUUUGUAAGCAAGUUCAGAAAUGAUAACUGGGCUUUGGAUGGUCAUGUAUCAGCUGACCCUGAAGGAACGUUUGUCUACCAGGGAUUUGUUCAAGGCAAAGACUUUCGGCAGUUUGGCUUUCAGAGACAAGGGCCACCAGGAGGUUCACUGGGCAGAGACAAAUCUAAUUAUUACUAUGGCACAAACAGCAGUUCUGUAGCAGCUGCCAUCUUGGUUCCUUUCUUUGCCCUCAUCCUGGCAGGAUUUGCUUUUUACCUCUACAAACACAGAACAAGACCAAAAGUACAAUAUAAUGGGUAUGUUGGCCAUGAAAACACAAAUGGACAGGCUUCUUUUGAAAAUCCAAUGUAUGAUACUAACUUAAAGCCUACCGAGGCAAAGGCUGUGAGGUUUGACACAACACUGAACACUGUGUGUACAGUUGUAUAGCCAUCAGUUUGACUGCUGAGUAACUGAUAUUAGCCAUACCUCUACCUGGUGAGCAGUAACCACUCCAGUGCCAUGUUCCAACCACAUCGCUCUGUCUUACUGCUUGCUCUGCAGUGGUACUCUGACAACUUUUGAUAGAACAAACCAAGGCAAUGGAGUCUCUUACUUUUGGCUGGGACAAUCCCCUCAGACAAACAGUCAAAGCAAUUCCUUCAGGUGUCUAACACAGGAAGGACCGAAACCUUGGAUGGGUUUGAAUCUUUCUGCUUUGAAUCCAAAUAGCGGAUCUGUUUGGGGAGAUGCGAGUUAGGCAUCCGGAUGACAUAACCUACCCAAAUAUCAGAUUAUUUUUUUGACUACAUAUUCUUCCAAGAAGAGGUGAAAAUGGACAAGGAGAACAAACUUAUUCCACUACCGAUACUAACAGACUCUAGCUGAACCUAAUAUUUGCAGCUGCCUACUUCACACAAAAAGAGAGGACCAUCAUCCUCAAGCAGGGCAGCGUUGGAAUUAUUUUCAUUCAUUAUAUGGAAAGCUUACUGCACAAUUCUUUGCACUAGUGCAUUAUGAAUGAAUGAGCAGGAUACUGGCAUUAAUUAGAGUACAGGGUUUUGCCACACUGUCCAUUGUACGUAACAGCAAAAUUUGCUUUAAUAAGAAUUAAUUUUCCAUUGCUGAACAUCACAUAAUCUUACCAAUGUGGAUAGAUAUUAGAGCAUUGCAAUAUUAUUUCCUUCAGAUAUGCAUUCUUAAAGAGUUGGUUUCCAUUGAGAUUAUAAUUGUAUAUGGAAACAAAAUUGAGAGUUUUUAUGAUUCCUCUGGGAAAAAGAAAUCAAUUGAAUAUUGUUGUUUGAAUAAGUUGUUAAAAGCCAAAAAAGCUGAAUUUUUAAUACAAUAUUAUAUUUCCAAACAACUAGUAUUUUCUGUCUCUCCACAGGCUGAAGUGAAGAAAUAACAAAAUUCUAUUCUGUUGUCCAAAUAGCUUCUAUAAAU